AUAUAACCCGAUCAUAGGCUGUACUCCGGACUCAGUUGAUUGCCGGAAUUCGUAAGCAAUGGAUCGUUGGCAGAAUCGCGUGGCCGUAAUCAGUGGCGCCAGUUCCGGAAUCGGAGCAGCCUGUGCCCGGCUUUUGGUGGCCGCCGGUCUCCAAGUCGUGGGCCUGGCCAGACGUACCGAUCGCCUCGAGCAGCUGCGCCAAUCCUUGCCGGAGGAGCAGCGGAAACGCUUCCAUCAGCACAAAUGCGAUGUGUCGCAGGAGUUGCAGGUGGACACUGCCUUCGAGUGGAUCGAAAAGGAGCUGGGCGGCAUCGAUGUGCUGAUCAACAAUGCGGGCAUCGUGCUGGGUGGCCAGCUGAUCGAUAUGCCCACCAAGGACAUCAACAACAUCCUGCAGACGAAUCUCAUGGGCAGCAUUUACUGCACCAAGUUGGCCGCCGGCAGCAUGAGACGCCGCCAAGUGGCUGGACACCUGAUCUUCGUGAAUAGCACGGCCGGAGUGGCUGGCUAUAAGCCGGAUCCGGCGGAUGAGAGCCUCAACGCGUACACGCCCAGCAAAUUUGCCCUGACUGCCGUCCAGGAGAUCUGCAGACAGGAGCUGAUCAAUCAAGGAUCAAAGAUCAAGACCACGAGCAUCAAUCCCGGCUGGGUGGCCACCGAGAUCGUUCCGGACGAGACGAAGGCCAAGCUGGGCGAGGUGAUCCUCCAGGCGGACGACGUGGCCCAGGCUGUACUGUACGCCCUAUCCACGCCGCCGCACACACAGGUGGAGCAGAUAACGCUGAGGGCGGUGGGCGAGUACUUCUGAUAGCCCGACAACACAACGCAGCCCCAGAGAUUAGGCCAUCGACUUGCAGUGGAACAGUAAAAAUCAAAUAAAGGCGAACGACCCGACACACAUGA